UACACGGCGACUUCCACAACUGUACUGGUGUUAAGAAGAAAAACAAAAUGGAAAAUGUAUAUCAUGGAUGAAGCUGUAAGGUAUCGAAUCUAUCUAUCCAUCUAGUGUUGUACAGGUCACACAGUCUGAUCUCUGGUGAUGGAUUCGUCGGAGAUCAGGUCACCGGCGGAGGGAGGGAGGUUGGGGACACCAAUGUCGAGCAGGAAGAAGCUGGGGAUUCACUUCAUUGAGUCUGAGGAUAGAAGAAUGGCAUUUGGUCGCGGCUACUCAACACCAGCUGGAUCUACACCGGUCGAUAUCCAUGGCAAAUCCAUUGUUGACCUUUCUAAGACUGGUGGUUGGAUUGCUGCCUUGUUCAUCUUUGGGAAUGAGAUGGCAGAAAGAAUGGCAUAUUUCGGGCUAUCAGUGAACAUGGUGGCGUUCAUGUUCUACGUGAUGCACAGACCCUUCAGCAGUUCAUCGAAUGCAGUGAACAACUUCUUAGGGAUAUCUCAAGCAUCAUCGGUACUGGGUGGUUUUCUAGCAGAUGCGUAUCUGGGGAGAUACUGGACAAUAGCCAUCUUCACUAGCAUUUAUCUGGCGGGUUUGGCGGGAAUAACAUUGUGCGCAACAAUGACGAUAUUUACACCCAAGCAAGAGGGAUGUGAGCAGCUGGCGCUGCUGUUAGGGGAGUGCGAGGCUGCGAAGCCAUGGCAGAUGAGUUACCUGUACACGGUGCUGUACAUGACGGCGUUUGGAGCGGCAGGGAUAAGGCCAUGCGUGUCAUCAUUUGGAGCAGACCAGUUCGACGAGAGGAGCAAGAACUACAAGGCACACCUGGAUAGGUUCUUCAACUUUUUCUAUCUGUCGGUGACGGUGGGUGCAAUUGUGGCCUUCACGGUGGUGGUGUAUGUCCAGAUGAAGCAUGGGUGGGGAGCGGCCUUUGGAUGUCUGGCAAUAGCAAUGGGAUUGUCCAACAUGCUCUUCUUCAUAGGGACCCCCUUGUACAGGCACAGGCUCCCUGGUGGCAGCCCCCUCACCAGGGUGGCUCAGGUCUUGGUUGCUGCAUUCAGAAAGAGGAACGCUCCUUUUGGAAGCGGGGGCUUCGUUGGCCUCUACGAGCUCCCCGGCUCCCACUCUGCCAUCAAGGGAAGCAGAAAGAUCCCUCACACCGACCACUUCAGCUUUCUCGACAAGGCGGCUCUGCAGUUGAAGGAAGAUGGGUGCAGCCCGUGGAGGCUGUGCACCGUGACGCAAGUGGAAGAGGUCAAGAUCCUCAUUCGGCUGAUCCCAAUAGCAGCAUCCACAAUAAUGCUGAAUGUGGUGCUAACAGAGUAUCUGACACUCUCAGUGCAGCAAGCAUACACCAUGAACACCCACUUGGGCCAUCUCAAGCUUCCCGUUACAUGCAUGCCCGUCUUCCCUGGCCUCAGCAUCUUCCUCAUCCUCUCUCUCUACUACUCCCUCUUCGUCCCCCUCUUCCGCCGCAUCACCGGCCACCCCCACGGCGCCUCUCAGCUCCAGAGAGUGGGUAUCGGCCUUGCCGUCUCCAUCGUGUCCGUUGCCUGGGCAGCAGUCUUCGAGAAAUAUCGAAGAGAGUAUGCAGUACAGCAUGGAUUCGAAUCGAGCUUCCUGACGCCGAUGCCGAAUUUAAGCGCCUACUGGCUUCUCAUACAGUACUGCCUGAUUGGAGUGGCAGAGGUGUUUUGCAUCGUGGGGCUUCUGGAAUUUCUGUACGAGGAGGCACCCGAUGCCAUGAAGAGCAUUGGCUCUGCAUAUGCUGCUCUUGCUGGUGGCUUAGGCUGUUUUGCCGCCACCAUCAUCAACACCAUCGUCAAAUCCGCCACUACUACUCACAACGGCUCCCGCUCCUGGCUCUCACAGAACAUCAAUACUGCCAGGCAUUUAUGUGGCACAAUAUAAGAGUGAAGUAACAACUAUUUUGGUCUCGUGUAUUCAUCUUAAUCAUGCCGUCCCCUACAAAUACAGCAAUGACGUGACAAAAAUUAUAUAAUACUAUUACUGUUUUUAUUGCCGCUUAAUUAUAAUUUAGGAGAGAGGAAAUGCUAGCUCUCUCAUUGGGGAUGAACCUUUCUUCCUCGUCCAUCAUUUGUAUACUUUUAUUUUAUUAGUUGUGCGGGUUCCAUAUGAUACAUAAUUAAUUUUAUUUCAA